AUGACACUAAGCUUUUUCGACCAAUUUAUGAGCCCCACUUACCUAGGCAUCCCUCUAAUUGUCCUAGCCCUCAGCCUCCCAUGAGUACUCUUCCCCACUCCCUCCUCCCGAUGACUAAAUAAUCGCCUUUUAACCCUUCAGGGUUGAUUUGUAAAUCGAUUUACUCAACAACUCCUCCUACCACUCAACCCGGGGGGUCAUAAAUGGGCCAUCCUAUUUACAUCCCUAAUAUUAUUCCUCAUCACUCUUAAUAUACUUGGCCUCCUCCCAUACACUUUUACACCCACCACUCAACUAUCCCUCAACAUAGGCCUUGCAGUUCCUCUUUGGUUGGCAACCGUAAUUAUUGGUAUGCGAAAUCAACCAACCAUUGCCCUAGGACACCUUCUUCCAGAAGGUACCCCCACCCUCCUAAUCCCUGUUCUAAUUGUUAUCGAAACAAUUAGCCUAUUUAUUCGCCCCCUAGCCUUGGGCGUGCGACUAACAGCAAAUUUGACAGCCGGACAUCUCCUUAUUCAAUUAAUCGCUACUGCCGCCUUCGUACUCCUCCCCCUUAUACCCACAGUAGCGAUUCUUACUGCAACCCUACUGUUUCUUCUAACCCUUUUAGAGGUUGCCGUGGCAAUAAUUCAGGCCUACGUCUUUGUUCUUCUUUUAAGCCUCUACCUACAAGAAAACGUUUAA